AUCUAAAGGACAUGUCGUUGGGAAAACAAGUGUGACAGCCAAUAGAUUUCGGAUUGUCAAAAAUAAGAGAGCAUGCCGAGCAUUAUUUAAACAUCGAAUUGGGCAAGAAAAAGGCGUGUGUGUGUGUGUAGAACGGGGCACGUGUCCCGCAAAAAUGGCAAAUUUCAUAAACAAUCCCUCGCAGCAGAAUUAUUACUUUAAGAAGAGCGUUGCCUACACGGAGGACCACAUCCUGGUGAAGAAACUGUUUCUCUACAAUGUGGCAGCCGAGGAGGUGCAAACAUAUUUCGAGGGCUUUGGCCGUGUGCUGCGGCUGCAACUGUUUGCCGGACCGGGCAUGGCUGCCAACCGGAAGCUAAUGCCGCGCGAUGGCUGCGGCGGCGGCGGCGGCUGUGGCGAUGGUGGUGGCCGGAGGACAAAAACAGGCUACGUUUACUUUGCCAAUCCGCGAGAUGCGGCCAAGGCGCUGCGAAAAAAUCUGCACACCAUCAAUGGGCGUCGUCUGUCCGUCCAGGCCAACGAUAGCUGGCAUCAGCCCGAUGCCUACGGCCCGGCCCGCCCAUCCGCUGAGCAGCCCAGCCCAGCUGCUGGCGAUGAGUCGUCGUCGUCGUCGCCGUCGGCGGAUAUUUUGAAUCUGAAUGAUCAUUGUUUGGAGCACAUAAUGCGUCUGUUGUCGCUGCCGGAUCGCAUACAUUUUGCGCGGACCUGCAGCCGAUUCCGAAGCGUCUAUCAGCAGGUGUCGCCGGCGCUGAAUCGCUGCAUCAGCUUCGAUGUGUUCGAUGCGAUGACCGUCUGGGAUAUGCGUGACUUUUUCAUGCUCUCCGGCCGGCAUUUGCAGCACAUCGAGGGCAUCAUACCGCCGGGUCGUUGCCAGCGACUGUGCGAGUUCUUUGGCCAGCACUGUAUCAAUCUGAGAACGAUGCGCGUGACGGCCAGCAAGCUGAGUGUGCGAAAUAUGCACAAGAUCUUUGCCAGGCUGGACCGGCUGGAGGAGCUGCAGCUGCGCGCCUGUGCGCUGGGCAAUUCGAGCUUGCUGGCACUGAAGCAUCUGCUGCAACUGAAGCGUCUGGAUCUGUCGGACAAUCAUCAGCUGACCGGUCUGAAUAUGAACUAUCUGCCAGCGUCCAUAGUCUACCUCAGCCUGACGAGCUGCAAUGGGCUGCAGUCCAAGUACUUGCCCAAGCUAUGCAAGGCGCUGCCCCAGCUCAGAGAGCUGAACAUGAAGGCGGUCUACACCAUAACCACGGGCUUUCAACAGGUGGUCAGCGGCAAGUGCUGCUCGGCGCUCGAGGAGCUCACGAUAAGCAGCGGUCCGGCCAAUGAGUACGAGCACAUUGCCAAGCUGCCCGGUCUCAAGAAGCUGGUGCUGUACAGCUAUGAGCAGGGCACCACAUUGCGGCCAGAGCUGCUCACUUGGCUGGUGGAGCACAAAUCGGAACAGUUGCUGCACUUUGAGGCGCGCGGCCAGAACUCGAUCAAUGCGGAGAUGCUGUCGCAGAUUGGCCAGCUGAACGCAUUGCAUACACUCAGUUUGCCGCACAACAAUGCCAUUGGGGAUCGCGAGCUGGAGGCACUCCGGCUGCAGCAGCUGGAGCAGAUCAGUCUCAAGUAUUGGCCCAAUUUGGGCAACAAUGCGGUGCUGCGUCUGCUGAUGGCCUGCCCCAAGCUGCACGAGCUUCAUCUGGAGGAGUGUCCGCGGCUAACCGAGAAGUUGCUCCACGACAUCAUCUUCAAGCUGCGCCUGCAGAUACGCGACAAGGAGAACCAGCGCCAGCUGCCCAUCCGCAUGCAUGUCUAUGGCAGCAAAAUUAAUGAGUUCAGUCUGCAGCAUGCGGAUGUGGCCGCCAAGGAUAUCAUCGAUGCGUGCCUGGCGCCGCCCUCAUCUUCGGAUCUGUGCCUGGUGCGAAUGUCCAAUCUAUUGGAAUUCGAUUUCUAUUCAGAUGAUUAUGAUAGCUUCGGCUCCGAUGAUGAGCUGGAUCCGGACUACGAUCGUUAUAUGGUCAAUGAGGGGUUCCUCAGCGACGAGGAAUACGAUUAUCCCGACAUGGUAUUCAACGAUGACGAUCUAUUUGUGAUAAAUAUGGAAAAUGUGGCGGAAUUGUUUAACAACUGGAAUGCGAAUGCGAAUAGAAAUGCAAAUGCGAAUUUAAAUCGGAACGGUAACGGAAACGGAAAUGUGUAAUCUGAUUGAAUUUAUUUUCUAUAUGUCUAUAUAUAGUCAAAUAGGUAACCUAUUGCCAUAUUAUGUAAGUAUUGUAAGUAGGUGGAAUAGAGUAUAAUUAUGACAUCUGCAGCUGUCAAUGUAAUUAAAAUAAUUAAAGUGUA